AUGACUCAAUUUGUAACACCAAGCCAGUAUGGCUUACCAGAAUCUCCUUCUGCGCAAAAGCUCACUCCACUGGACAUGAACAUGCCAAGAGUGUACGGCGCAAGGUGGAUAUUGUGUUUUCCUCUGGAGACUGACGCCGACUACCACGAACUGUAUGAGAAGUUGAGAAUCGGACUUGCCCACACCAUCCGCUCCAUUCCUUGGAUCGCUGGUGUUAUUGGACCCGAAGAGGGCAGUGAAAUAUCGAACAAUAGAAUUCAGAUCGUGGAUUCCAUAUCGGGCCUCAGGUUUUGCUAUCGAGACCUAGCAGACGUUCUUCCGCCCUACGAGGAUCUUAAAACGAACGGCUUCCCACUUUCGAGACUUUCAACCGAAGAACUCGGCCCAAUCGGAGUGAUGGCAGAACCUCCACAGCCAGUGAUGAAGGCACAAGCCAAUUUUGUCAAGGGAGGACUUUUGCUAUCAGUAGGCAUCCACCACGCAGCGGGAGACGCCACGGCUCUUGACACGAUUGUCGGCACCUGGGCACAGAACACAGCUGCAGCUAGCGGUUGUGGCUCUUUCAGCACUUAUGACUCCCCAUCAUACGACCGUGAACCCCUUAUGAACGGGAUUUCCGGAGCACCCUUGUCUGAUUUUCCAGAGUAUCAACUGAUACCAGCAGCCAAACUGCAACCACCUCAGAUGCCUCCUCAACUCCCCUCACUAGUCACUCACGUCUUCUGCUUCUCCCCACAAACGCUUACUGAGCUCAAAUCCUCCGCCGCUGCUUUUUCGACCAACGACGCACUUUGCGCUUUCUUAUGGAGCAGAAUGACAGUCGCUCGAUGGACCGGUGGCGCCUCCUCUACCCAAGAUGACAUAAAGAACAAAGCUUCUUCGAUGUGGUACGCUAUCAAUAUUCGCAGCCGCACAAGUCCACCGCUCCCGCCAACAUAUCUAGGCAAUGGAUCAAUGUGCACAACAACAGAGCCACUUGCCGCAGCUACCCUGCUCGGUGAUAAUGGUCUAACGCAAGCUGCCACCACAAUUCGCAAGUCGCUAGUUGCGUUCAAUAGUCCCAGCAGAGUGCCUUUGACAAUCGGUCUCCUCAGUUCGAGGCCCGAUCCAACAGAUUUCGCGCUCCCAUUCAACGCUUUCCUUGGACCAAACGUCGUUGCUACAUCUUGGACUGAUGUUAAAGUUUACAAAAGAAACUGGGGCGCAUUAGGCUUCAUUGAUUCUAUGAGAGUCCCGGGCGAGGGAUCGGAUGGUAAUAUCAUUAUUCUCCCAAGAUUGAGAGACGGUAGCCUAGAAGCUGUUGUCGGGCUAGAAUCAGAGGCGAUGAGCAGACUUCUCGCCGAUGAACAGUUCAACAAGUUUGCAAAAAGGUGUGCUUAG